GAUUCUGCAAGUAAAACAUCAUGAACAUGACUUUCAGAAGACAACGAGUAAAGGAAUAAGCAUCAUGUCUGUGCAAGGGAACUUCACAAACCAUUCCACAGAAGUCAAUAGCAUUAAUCAAAGCAGAUGCAUGAUAAAACCUGAAGAAAACCAUGAAACCAUCUUGCCUUGGCUCUAUCUGGCUUUGGCUGUCCUGGGCCUUCCAACCAAUGGAAUAGUCUUGGUGGAUCUUUGGAGAUCAGAGAGGACACCCACUAUCAUCUUCACUUUGAACAUAAUCAUGUCAGACCUGCUGAUCUGCUGCAGUUUUUUCUUCAGAAUAGCCUACUACAAAGAAAAUACCAACUGGCAAUCUGGAACUCCAGCCUGCAAUGCAGCAGAGCUGAUCAUUUUCUCUUGCUUUUACAUAAACCUCUAUUGCAACAUGUGUUUCCUUUUGUGGACCAGCAUUAAUCGCUAUACCACAGUGGUAAAACCAGGCUAUGCCUUAUUUCAGAUCUUUAAACAUACACGGUCUUGUUGGAUCCUCUGCUUUUCUACCUGGUUGGUUGUCAUCACAGUUGUGUGCUCUAGCAUAGGGGUCAAAAUGAGCCUACAAAUGAAAGGGACCUGCUUUAACCAAAUUGUCAAUAGUUACAUUCACUAUAAAGAUCGGUUUAAUACUAUCCACUGCUUAGGUGUGUCAGCAUUCUUCUUCAUUUUGUGCUUGAUGCUGGUCAGCUAUAGCCUGCUGGUCUUCCAUCUGCAGAAGGUAAGGGGAGGAAGUCUAGUCGGCGCUGGAUUUGGGCCUGGAGGAGGUCUAAAGGUUCGCAGGAAGAUACUGGCCUCUGUCAUAAUGUUUGUACUCUGUUUCCUACCCUACCAUGUGCAAAGGAUCAUCUUAUUAACAACAGAGUGUGAAAACUAUCAGGCAGAGUUCAGGAUUAAAACGUGCACCAUCUUCAUUGCAGCUCUCAGCUGUUGCCUGCAUCCCGUCCUCCAGCUGGUGUUUCGUUUGCGCUGCUGUCGGGCCAAUCGCAACCACAGAGUCAAACCUAAACCUGAUAUCUCCAAGACCUUGGACACACCUCACAUACAUACUAUAAAUGUGACAGAACACGCUGAAGAAACAAAGAAAAAUGAAACUGAAUUAAGCCACCAAUCAUUAUAGUUUUGGGAAAUUAGAAAAAAAAAUACAACUUUGCAUUUCCUGUGUGAAGCAUACAGCAAGCUGUGAAACUUGCUAACCUCAGAGAACUGUGUUUUGCAAUUACUGUUCGCCAAAAGCAAAAUGUAUGACUAGUUUACAAAGAAGUGUGGCACCUCAGCAUACUAACAAUUUUUACACAGUAUACAGUACAUACAACAACAGUCCUUAUUGACUGUUAAAGCGACUUAUUCUGUAUUAAUGCCAACAAAACUUAUUUUAGUAAGGCUUUGCAUUGAUGUUCUGCUAUCUGCUUUUGUAUUUAUUAAUUUAUAGUAUUAAAUAUUGCACAGACACGCUUGGCAAAGUCAAUUUGCAUUCAUUGCAAUUUAACGUUGUUCGCAGACACCAAUCUUCCCAAAAUAACUUGUCUAAAUUUUCUCCAGAGAUAUUACCUACAUUUGAAAUGUUCAGCUGCAGAGGGGACACUUAGCCAUUCCUCACAUCACAAACUCAACACUUCCUGGAACUUAUUAUUUGGUCAUCCUUCUAGGGCAUAUACAUUUCCCUCCACUAAUAUUGGCACCCUUGGUAAAUAUGAGCAAAGGCGGCUGUGAAAAUAAAUCUCCAUUGUUUAUA